AUGGAAGUGUAUAAAACUACAGAUAGAAUAAAUAGAAAGAGAGCUCGAUCUGAAAGGUCUUCAGAAACAGUGAAAAUAAAUCAAAUUUCCGAUAGCAAUAGAAAAAAGAGAGCACGCUCUGAAAGGUCUCCAGACAUGAUGAAAGCUAAUAAGUGUAUUGACAGAAGUGGAAAAAAAAGAGCACGAUCUGAAAGGUGUCCAGACAUGGUGAAAGCUAAUAAGUGUAUUGACAGAAGUAGAAAAAAAAGAGCACGAUCUGAAAGGUGUCCAGACAUGGUGAAAGCUAAUAAGUGUAUUGACAGAAGUAGAAAAAAAAGAGCACGAUCUGAAAGGUCUCCAGACAUGAUGAAAGCUAAUAAGUGUAUUGACAGAAGUAGAAAAAAAAGAGCACGAUCUGAAAGGUCUCCAGACAUGGUGAAAGCUAAUAAGUGUAUUGACAGAAGUAGAAAAAAAAGAGCACGAUCUGAAAGGUGUCCAGACAUGGUGAAAGCAAAUAAGUGUAUUGACAGAAGUAGAAAAAAGAGAGCUCGUUCCGAACUUUCCCCAGAUGCAAUGGAAGUGUAUAAAACUACAGAUAGAAUAAAUAGAAAGAGAGCUCGAUCUGAAAGACCUCCAGAAACAGUGAAAAUAAAUCAAAUUUCCGAUAGCAAUAGAAAAAAAGAGCACGAUCUGAAAGGUGUCCAGACAUGGUUAAAGCUAAUAAGUGUAUUGACAGAAGUAGAAAAAAAAGAGCUCGUUCCGAACUUUACCCAGAUGCAAUGGAAGUGUAUAAAACUACAGAUAAAAUAA